GUGAUGUGUGGGCUAUGCUAUCAACAAGAAACUAAUUAUUUUUCCUCCAAUUUCAGUUCUUAAAACUCCCAAAACAACAUCAAUGGCAGCUCCUAAUCAUCAAGUAAAUCAUGAGUAUGAGUCCGGAGAGCUCCCACAAAUUCUAGUCCUUGAGCCACCGCCGAUCAUGCAACUCUAUGGGGACCAGUUCUUGAAAGAUUUCCGGGUGUUGAAAGCGUGGGAGUCACCACUUCCUCUAGACCAAUUCUUGACCACCCAUGCACACUCAGUCCAAGCCCUCCUCUCUUCUGGAAGAUAUCUGCUCACCGGCAACAUCAUCCGGCUGCUCCCCUCUCUGCGGCUCGUCGUUACCACCAGUGCCGGCCUUAAUCACAUUGACUUGCCGGAGUGCCAGAGGCGUGGCAUCGCCAUAGCCAAUGCCGGGGAUGUGUACUCAGAAGAUGUUGCCGAUAUGGCGGUAGGACUACUGAUUGAUGUGUUGAGGAAAGUAUCAGCUGCUGACCGUUAUAUGAGGAAAGGGCUUUGGCCUACUAAAGGAGAGUUUCCUCUUGGCUCUAAGUUGGGCAGCAAGCGAGUUGGGAUAGUUGGGUUUGGAAGCAUUGGCCAAAAAGUGGCAACAAGGCUGGAGGCGUUUGGCUGCAGAAUCAUGUACAGCUCGAGGAACAAGAAGCCAUUUGUUUCAUAUCCCUAUUAUUCCAAUGUUGUUCAACUCGCAGCUGACAGUGAUGUCCUGAUUGUCUGUUGUGGUUUGACCGACCAAACACGCCACAUGAUUAAUAAGGAGGUUAUGUUAGCGUUGGGAAAGGAAGGAGUGAUCAUCAACAUAGGACGUGGGCCUAUAAUCAAUGAAAAGGAACUGGUGCAGUGCUUGCUGCAACAAGAGCUACGAGGAGCUGGUUUGGACGUGUUCGAGAAUGAGCCGAACGUUCCCCCACAGCUUUUCACGUUGGAUAAUGUCGUGUUAUCACCACACAGGGCUGUCCAUACGCCCGAAUCUUUAGCAGCAAUGUGCGACCAUGUCAAAGGAAAUUUUGAAGCUUUCUUCUCAAAUAAGCCCUUACUUUCUCCAAUCCUGAAUGAAUGAACAUAUCAUUCUAUUUCUGUGGAAGUGAUUCUCUAAAUUAUGCUCUCUCCGUUUGUGUUUCGAUGUAAAAUGAUUUUCGUAUUUUUCGGUGGUUGGUAUGAUUGAAAAAUCGUGAUCAAACUAAAAACAUUUUUAGUUGAUUAGAAAAUA